ACCCACUGCCCAGGGAUUGGGAAGUGAAGCCCUUUGAGAGCUCUCCAGGGAAAGCCCUAGAGAAGGGCAGGGCUGCAGUGGGGUGAUGGGUUAGUUGGUUUCCCAGAGAAAAGGGGCACUGCCCCAAACCCAAUGAAAGGGGUAAAACAGUGACAUGUGCCUGGGAAUUAGCCCCCAAAUGCGUCCUCCCCUAGGGCAGUGUCAUGGGCACAGAGCUGCAGCUGUGCACACAGAUUCGUUUUGCACACUCAGUGGGGGCAGAGGAAUAGCUGGAAAAUAACUGUGGGUGCAGAACUGUGGGUGUAAAUUCAAAGGCUGAUGCUGGUUCAAGUGGGUACUAAAGUGACCAAGUGUUUUCCCAGCCUGGCAGAGUUUAAAUCCUCUGUCUGCAGGGAAAGAGCUGGGGGGGAUGGGGAUGGUGGUAUUGGGGUGUGAAAUGAACCAAAGCCCCUUCUAAAACCUCCCCCCCCUUGUCCUUCUCACCCUGACAGGCUGAAGAAUAACGUCCAUGUCUCGCUCCAGAUUGUCCUAUUCUCCCAGGGGACAGGGCAGGGAAAUGGCUGAAGUGGAACAAGCUCAGGGACCAGUGACCUUCGAGGAGGUGGCUGUGUAUUUCACGGAGGAGGAGUGGGCUCUGCUGGACUCAUGUCAGAGAACCCUCUACAUGGAUGUGAUGCAGGAGAAUUAUGAGAAUGUGACCUUGCUGGCAUUUCCCAUUCCCAGACCUGAGGUGAUCUCCCAGCUGGAACAAGGGGAAGAACCAUGGGGCUAUGUGGAAAGGGAGCUCUUCAAAAACACUUGCACAGGUGAUGUGUUGGUGGGUGAGAAUGAGGAGAAGAAACCUGGGCAGGAAGGUCCUGAGCAAGUGGAACUGCAGGGGACCUUACUGGGAAGACGUGAAGAGGAAGUUUCCCAGAGUCCGGAGCAGGGACAUGCCUGUGAGAGUCAGCCCAGACCAGAGAGGCAGCAGGGGAACCACCAAGAGCAGAGAUUGUGUAAAUCCACUCACCGAGAUGGAGAUCUGAAUAACCUGAAUGAAACUACAAUCCAGCCAAGAAUCUGCACUAAAGAGAAACCGUAUGAAUGUGCUGAUUGCAGGAAAAACUUCAAUCGGAGAUCAAACCUGAUUGUACAUCAAAGAAUCCACAAGGAAGAGAAACCCUUUAAAUGCCUCAACUGUGGGAAAAUGUUCAAGGUGAAAUCAGACCUUACUAAACAUCAGAGAAUCCACAGUGGAGAAAGACCCUAUAAAUGCCCCGAGUGUGGGAAAAGCUUCAGUCGUAGUUCAAAGCUCACUGCACAUCUGAGAGUUCAUACAGGAGAGACACCCUAUAAAUGCUCUGAGUGUGGGAAAAACUUCUCUCGUGGCUCAAAUUUAAUUGUACAUCAUAGAGUCCAUUCGGGAGAGAGACCCUAUAAAUGCCCUGAGUGUGGGGAAAGCUUCAAGCACAGCUCCUCUGUCUGUAGACAUCAGAGAAUCCACACUGGAGAAAGACCCUAUAAAUGCACCCAGUGUGGGAAAAACUUCACUCAGAGCUCAGUCCUCACUAAACAUCAGAGAACCCACACAGGAGAGUCACCCUAUAGCUGUUCUGUCUGUGAGAAAAGCUACAAGACAAAGUUGGAGUUAAUGUCUCACCAGAAACUCUACACAAGAUAGAAGGUGUUGGGAGCUCUCCCUGUGGGUAAAUGGGUCUGUGCCCUCCUGCAGCAAAGUGUAAAUGUGCUGCAUUUGAGGAAGGUCUGGGUAGAGUCAGAAGGCGGAUUGAUGGUUGGGGUUUCAGUGGUGGGAGGUUGGUGGGGGGCCAGAGAGGAGGAAACGCUGGGUACUAGAGAGAUGGGUCAUUUCAGAGUCUGGAGGGAGCAGGCAAAGAGAUUAGUUGGGAGACAUUUCUGUGGAUUCCACACACACUUUCCAAUGUAGAGAAGAGGUAAAAAUACCCAGUCGCGGUUUGUGUCUGACCAUCUCUGCAGCUCCGAAGGCCCCUCGUGGUGGGGAUAAAGGGACAUUAUUCAGGGAGGCAGCCAUGGGGCCUGUAGCUAUAAGGCAGUGAGAGCUGCUGAUGUGAAGUCUCAGGAUUUCAAAGCAGUGCUCAGGGUAUGGAAUAUUUCUGGAUACAGAGAGGUGGGCUGCAGAUUGGGGAAUGUGUGGGGGUGUUAUCUGUGGGGUGGGAUCUUUGGGGUAUUGCACUGUUGCUGUGUGGACAGUAUGGUGUAAUAGUGAGAGGAGGGAGACUAGGAAUCAGGACUCCUGGGUUCUCUUCUGGACUCUGCAUGAGGAGUAGGGUCUAAUGGGCUAGAACAGGAGAGACAACUAUGAAUCAGGACUCCCAGGUUCCGUUCCCAGCUCUACUAAUAUUUACAUUUGUGACCUUAUACGAGUGGCCCUUCCCCUGAAUCUUCCUGCUAGGAAACUUUUAGUGAGCCAAAGGGAAAGUUCAUCUGGUUUCCUUUGACCCUGUUUGCAGGGACAGGCUCUGCUCAUGUUGUUACACAUUGGGAUUAUUCCUGAAAUACAGGAGAACCUCCAAGUUAUGAACAAAUCGGGAAUGCAGGUUGUUCGUAACCCUGAACAAAAUGGUAUGGUUGUUCUUUCAAAAGUUUACAACUGAACAUUAACUUAAUUCACCUUUGAAACUAUACUAUGUAGAAUAAAUAUGCUGUUUUUAACCAUCUUAAUUUAAAUGAAAUAAGCACAGAAAUGGUUUCCUUACCUUGUUAAAUCUUUUUUUUAAACUUUCUGUUUAUUUUUUUCUUAGUUUACGUUUAACACAGUACUGUACUGUAUUUGCUUUUUUGUUUGUUUGUUUUUGGUCUCUGCUGCUGACUAAUUGCAUACUUCUGGUUCCAAAUGACAUGUGUGGUUGACUGUAAUGGCCAUGGGAGGAUUUUAUAUCUUAUUGUCGAUGGUCAGGGAGGAGAGAGGGUCUCGUGUUUCUGGAAUUUUGGGAGAGUCUUUUUCUUGUUUACAUUUGUGCUUCUCUUGGUCUCUGGCUUUCCAAAUAAAUAAUAAAAUGUU